GCACAAAAACAACUCACCAAUCACUUCCGCUUUAUAUCGGUUAUUCAAAACAAAUAUGGCGACUUCUAGGCAGGUCGGCAGUAUGCUAGCUAUAUCCGCGAGAUUCUUGCGUCCCAGUCUGGAUGCCCUUUGGCACCAUGGUGCUGCUCACAGCAGUCGAUGCCAGAGUUCUGGUUUUCAUUGGCUUUCACACAACACAGUGGUGAAGAGCAGAUUGCCUCAGCACUGCUUUGUCCCUGGGAGGAGCAUGUUUGUACAGACACAGGACACACCAAAUCCAAACAGCCUCAAGUUUCUGCCCGGACGUAUCGUUCUUGAAUCAGGAACUAUGGAUUUUUCCAGUCCCCGUGACGCAUACACCUCACCCUUAGCAAGACAGUUAUUUAGGAUUGAUGGUGUCAAGAGUGUCUUCCUGGGACCUGAUUUUAUCACCAUAACCAAGGCUGAUGAAAAUAUUGAAUGGAGAGUAAUGAAGCCUGAUGUUUUUGCGGCUAUUAUGGACUUUUUCACUUCUGGGCUCCCUGUCGUCAAUGAAGAUGCUAAACCAAGUGCAGACACAGCACCGUCGGAUGAUGAUGAUGAAGUAGUUGCGAUGAUAAAGGAACUGUUGGAUACCCGAAUAAGACCUACAGUGCAGGAAGACGGAGGAGAUGUUGUAUACCAUGGUUUUGAGGAUGGCGUGGUCAAGUUAAAGUUACAGGGAUCCUGCACAAGUUGUCCCAGCUCUAUUGUCACUUUGAAGAAUGGAAUCCAAAACAUGCUUCAGUUUUAUGUUCCUGAGGUUGAAUCUGUAGAACAGGUGAAGGAUGAGGAGGAGGAGGCUGCUCAUGUGUGACUGAAAUUCAGCAAGGACAACAUGAACACAUUCCUCACUACAAUAGGCAAUAAGGAGCAUCUAUGUGACUAGGAUACAGUACCACACCAUGGGAGUAGGCGUCCGCCAUUAUUUUAAUCAUAAAACCACUGAACAGUACUUCAAACCUGGGCAACUUUCUUUUUACUUCAAUAGCCAUUUCUUCUACUGUAUAAUCACGCAAGCAUAUACACAUCUUGAAGCUGCUACUCCCAAUGGCUUUAUUGUUUAAACGCACAAUAUUUAUAUUAUUAAAAUUUACUCAUAAACAAUC